CUCCCGGGCGGGGCGCGCACACCAGCCGGAGAGAGACGGACGGAGGGAGGGAGGGAUGGAGGCUGAUCGCUGCGCGCCCGGCUCGCCGCCGCCGAUCGCCUCCUCCUGCCUUCCCCCUGGCGGCGGGCAGGCUGCCGCCCCUACCGAGCCGCCGACGUGGCCCCCGGACCUGGAUCGCCCCGUGCCCGCGGAGCUGCUGGAGUUCGACGACGACGAGGACCUGGAAGUGUUCAGCAAGGAUGCCUCCCUCACCGAGGUCAAUUCAUUCAGUCCUUUGAUGCCCACAUCCCCGUCUUCGAUGACCAACCAGUACAAAUUUGAUGAUGAACCGGAAUUAAAGGAUCUUUUCAUUACAGUUGACGAUCCGGAAAGCCACAUCACUGCCCUAGAGACGUUCAUCACUUAUAGAGUUGUUACAAAGACAAUGCGUGGUGAAUUCGACUCCAGUGAGUAUGAAGUUAGACGACGCUAUCAAGAUUUCCUUUGGUUAAAGGGAAGGCUUGAGGAAGCACACCCAACUCUCAUCGUUCCUCCAUUGCCUGAAAAAUUCAUAAUGAAAGGAGUUGUGGAACGAUUUAAUGAAGAAUUCAUUGAAACGAGAAAGAAAGCACUGCAUAAAUUUUUAAACCGGAUUGCUGAUCAUCCCACUUUAACUUUUAAUGAGGACCUCAAAAUUUUUCUUACUGCACAAGCCUGGGAACUUUCAUCUCACAAGAAGCAGGGGCCUGGUCUGCUCAGCAGAAUGGGACAAACGGUCAAAGCAGUCGCGUCAUCGAUGCGAGGAGCGCCCGUGAAGAACCGCCCAGAAGCAUUUACAGAAAUGAUGGACCACGUGGAGGUGUUUAGCCAGAAAAUCAAUCUGUUGGAUAAAAUCUCCCACCGAGUCUACAGGGAAGAAAGAGACUAUUUUUGUGAGCUGAAGGAGUUUGGCCCCAUCCACACGCUUUGGUCCGCAUCCGAAGUAGACCUGGCGGACACGCUGAAAGGGGUGGCAGGCUGCAUCGACAAGUGCUGCAAGGCGACUGAGAAACAGAUGGCAGGGCUCUCCGAAAGCCUCUUCCCUACUCUGCAUGAAUAUGUGCUGUACAGUGAAAUAUUAACGGGGGUUUUGAAAAGAAGAGACCACAUACAAGCAGAGCUGGAUUCCAAAGUGGACACUCUAUAUAAUAAAAAGGCAGAAAAUGAUCUGCUAUCAGAAGAGAUUGGAAAACUUGAAGAUAAAGUAGAGUGCGCCAAUAAUGCUCUGAAAGCUGACUGGGAUAGAUGGAAAGAAAGUAUGCGUCUUGACAUGAAACUGGCUUUUUGCGAUGUUGCAGAAAAUAAUAUCCACUAUUAUGAACAGAAGAAGCCAGCUGCUGAUCAGUGUCAAUUGCACCCAUCCGGAGCCAAUCUAGAAUUUGCCCCUCUGGCUCAGUGAAAAAGGCAGCUAGGCCACAGACUGGUUUGUGACACAGCAGCAACCUGUAUGUACCAAUGAAUGAACCAUCGCAGGCAGAACUUCAGUAUCCUCGCAGAGCACAAUGCCUUUCAUUGUAAUCAGUCAGAUAUUCAGCUGCCAGUUGCCAAGUGUGGAGUAAUCAUACAAUGAGAAAUCAAAUGCUGUGCCUGCAUCCCUCAGAGGCUGUGUAGCAGGUGUCUUUUAAAUGUGUGUGCGUGUGCAUGACACACACACAAAUCCCACACCGUGGUGGGUAUUAUAAAAAAAACAACAUGGAUGCACAAGUUCAGCCUGCUUGACAAUCAAAAGAACAGCAGGCUGUUCACAAACCAGCAGGUAACCACCACUAUUGUGUUUGUACUGUCACAUAUCAGCAGGGCUUCCCCUGCGACAAGAACAGAUGAGUUUUCUGCUGUUCUCCAUAGCGCUCCAUAUCUAUAAUGUUUAAUUCAUCAUUUUGGGGGGAGAUAGCUUCAUUAGCCAUUGCAGCAUCUUGCUGGAAGGGGUGUACGUCCAGAAAAACGUGUCAAGCAGUUUUAAGUCGAGAUGAAAUCAGUAGCACUCAAAAGCAAGGCUUACCUGUAUAUACUGCUCAUUUCAUGGAGAGAUGAUAGCCUGGGAUGAAUGUUGUAGAAUGAGGCGUUUGCACAGGAGAGAGUACACAGCCCUGGGGGUUGUUGGCAUUUGUCAGUCUCAAACAAACAACAGAGGGAGCCUCUGGGGGUGAAGUCAAACUGUUGCGUUAGCAGCACUGAAGUGACCUCCCUAGGGUGUGGGGCCAGAAGUGUGUAUGGAGGUCCCAGGCUGCCCAGAUGACAAGACUCCCUCUUAGCCUCGCUGAUGUGGUCCAAA